AUGACCAACCCUGUAGAAGCUGUACGGUAUCUAUGGGAGAGUGCGAGUUUACCCUCUCAAGCUCUGUCUCGUUUGGUGUUAAGCGAGGACCCUGAUCCUUCGGUGAACUCGUCAUUCAAGCUGGGAAGCGCUGCCCUGGCAAGUCAAGUACACUCUGUUAAGUCAGCAAUAGCUCUCUCCGAGCAGACUGUCGCGGUUGAUGCACGUCAUGCCGUACUCGAAUUCAGGAGUGAAGCUUGGUAUAUUGUGAACGGCAGGCUUCCUUCAGGUUCUUUGUUCGACGAUCUCGCAGGUCUAUACAAGACCAAAGACAACAGCUACGUGCGACUGCACACCAAUUUCCCUCACCAUCGACAGGGCAUCCUGGAUAUUCUCAGAUGUGAACCAACCAAGGAGGCAGUCGCCAAUGCUCUGUUGCAGUGGAACGCUGUUGACUUCGAAACUGAAGCCUCUUCACGGAAGAUGGUCGCCACGGCCGUUCGCUCGUUUGCAGAGUGGGACGAGCAUCCUCAAGGAAGAGCCUUGGCAAAUACUCUUCCAGUCCAACUCAUCAAAGUUGCAGAUGCACCAAGGAGAAAGAUAGCGGGAACUCAUGGUCAUCCUCUGGAUGGUAUCCGCGUGUUAGAAUUGACGAGAGUGUUGGCUGGGCCUGUCUGCGGACGAACUCUUGCCGGUCAUGGUGCCGAUGUCCUGUGGAUCACAUCUCCCAGCCUUACAGCCCUUCCCUUACUCGAUAUUGAAACGUCGCGAGGAAAGCGGACAACACAGCUCGAUCUAGCUAGUCUCGAGGACCGACAGACGCUUGCUGGCCUUGUCAAGGAAGCCGAUAUAUAUCUGCAGGCUUAUCGCCCUGGUAGUCUGCACGAUAAAGGCUUCGGGGUGGAUAAUGUAAUGACUGGACACCCAGGCGUCGUUUAUGCUAGUCUGAAUGCAUAUGGCUGGGAAGGUCCCUGGAAGGACCGACGAGGCUUUGAGUCCUUGGUGCAAACGGCUACCGGUUUCAACCUAGGCGAGGCGGAGGCUCACGCGUCUUACGCUGGGGAAGAUUCAGCGCAUGUAAUCCCGAGAGCUUUCCCCAUGCAAGCGUUGGAUCAUGCUGCAGGCUAUCUUCUCGCAUUCGGCAUAAAUGCAGCACUGUGUAAAACAAUAACGGAAGGAGGAUCCUGGGAAGUCCGCGUCUCUCUUGCUGCUGUAGGGCAAUGGAUUCGCUCUCUAGGCCGUCUGGAUCCAAUGGUGGCCUUCGGCGUGGGCCGGCCUUUCCCCCCUCACACCCUCCCCCAGGAUCCAGAGAUUACAGUCUUGGCGACCGCGGUGAUCCAGUUAGCAAGCGACAAACCUGCGAUUGAACACCACGAUAUGACAGCUAUAAGGCAUGCUGCGAUUUUGUCGAAAACUCCUGUCAUGGAGGGUCAGGCCCCGAUGGGUUUGAAUGUUCACGAACCUGUCUGGUUGCCUCGGGCUUGA